UAUUUUCCACAUUCUCAUCAUUUUUCUCCGCUACUUUCUCUCAAUCCAAACAGAUCUUCCCGAGAAAAAAAAAUUAACAAGCUCAAGAGAAUAAGAAAAUGGCCGAUCAGCUUACCGACGAUCAGAUCUCUGAAUUCAAGGAGGCCUUUAGCCUGUUCGACAAGGACGGAGAUGGUUGCAUUACUACCAAGGAGUUGGGGACUGUGAUGCGAUCACUUGGUCAGAACCCCACUGAGGCGGAACUCCAAGAUAUGAUCAAUGAAGUUGAUGCUGAUGGAAACGGGACCAUCGAUUUUCCUGAAUUCCUUAACCUGAUGGCUAGGAAGAUGAAAGAUACCGACUCAGAGGAGGAGCUUAAAGAGGCAUUCAGGGUGUUUGACAAGGAUCAGAAUGGUUUUAUAUCUGCUGCCGAGCUUCGCCAUGUCAUGACAAACCUUGGUGAAAAGCUUACAGAUGAGGAAGUUGACGAGAUGAUCCGUGAAGCCGAUGUUGAUGGUGAUGGACAGAUCAACUAUGAGGAGUUUGUCAAAGUGAUGAUGGCCAAGUAAAGGGCCUCUCACCAGGAUCCAAACAAUGGGGAGAAAAUGGGAACAGGGCAAUUGUGUUUGCUAAGAUUUCCAUUUAUGAAUAGGACGUCAAUGUAUUUUUUUCUUUUUAUGUUAUUGGCGUUUGUUGGAUGGUUA